GUAGCUUCAUCUUUGACCACUCCUGCAAACACAGAAUGUCUUACGAAAACGUUCGCUCUGCAUCGCAUGCUGGCAGCUGGUACACUGGCGAUGGUAGCAUCCUCAACGACGAGCUCAAUGGCUGGCUCUCUGCAGUCACUCCGGAUGAGCCAUAUCCUAUCCAAGGUUGCAAAGCCAUCAUCGCACCCCAUGCUGGAUACACCUAUUCAGGCCCCGCAGCUGCCUGGGCAUACAAGAGCAUCGAUACCAAGCCGAUCAAACGGGUGUUUAUCCUUGGUCCCUCGCACCAUCUCUACAUCCAGGGUUGCGCACUGUCGGGGUGUGAGGAGUACGAGACGCCUAUUGGGAACUUGCCUCUAGAUCUCGAUACGAUUAAGGAACUGAGAGCUACGAACCAAUUCGAGACUCUGGCUCAGGAAGACGACGAGGCAGAGCACAGUCUUGAGAUGCACCUCCCGUAUGUUAGGAAGAUGUUUGAGGGGAAAGACAUAGCCAUUGUUCCUAUCGUCGUGGGCUCUGUCUCCAAGGAAGAUGAAGCAGCCUACGGUGCUCUACUGGCUCCCUAUCUCGAUCGUGAAGACACCUUUUGUGUUGUAUCGAGUGACUUUUGUCAUUGGGGCACUCGCUUUUCCUAUACCUUUUACUACCCUUCACCAACAGAAGGGACUGCUGGAUUCCGUUUAUCCCGCUCCUCGUCGAUAACCACGAACCCCAUCCACACCUCAAUCAGUCAGCUUGAUCACGAAGCAAUGGAUAUCCUCACGCGACCACCAGCAGAGGCACACACCAAGUUCGCAGCGUAUCUCUCCAAGACCAAGAACACGAUAUGUGGCAGGCACCCUAUUGGCGUACUGCUGGGCGCAAUGACGGCGCUAGGGAAAGAGUCGAAGCUGAAAUGGGUGCGUUAUGAGCAGAGCAGCGCUUGCGUAACAUUGAGAGACUCAAGCGUAAGUUAUGCAAGCGCCUGGGUGACAUUCUAACGUGUAUAAAUGAGACC